AUGAGGCAAAGACCAAGUACUUCCUGGGCACUUUGCUCAACUAGUAAUUCAUCGUCAACCAAGAGAGAUGAGAAAGCAAUUUCAUUGGUAUUGUUCAUGCUGCGAAAGUUUAAAAACAAGGAGCCAAUAACAAAGGAAGAUAUACUAAAGCGUGUCAUUCCACACAAGAAGGAAGAGUUCCGUGAUGUUUUUAAGAAAGCCUCUGAGCUCAUGGUGCUGGCCUUUGCUGUUGAUGUUAAGGAAAUUGACCCAAACAGAUACUGCUAUGAACUUAUGAGCCUAUUUAGUCCUACUGGUGAUGGAAUUAUGAAUUGUGAGGUAAUCAUGCCCAAGAGUGGCCUCUUGAUGACAAUCCUGUGUGUUAUCUUCAUGAAUGGCAGCUGUGUUAAUGAGGAAUAUGUCUGGAAAAUGCUUAAUGUGAUGGGAGUAUAUGCUGGAGUCAAUCACUUCAUUUAUGGAAAUGUCAAGAAGCUCAUUACUAAAGAUUUUGUGAGUGAGGGGUACCUGGAAUAUCGGCGGGUACCCUACACGGGUUCGCAAUGUUAUCAAUUCUUAUGGGGUCCCAGGGCCCUCUUUGAAACAAGAAAAAUGAGAGUGCUUGAGUUUCUGGCCAAGGUCCAUAACACUGUUCCCAGUGCCUUCCCAUCCUUGUAUCAAGAAGCUUUGAGAGCCAAGCAAGAGAGAAUCCAAGCUAAAUUUGCAUCUAUGAUUCUUCUUGGUUUCAUAUCUGAUGAAGAAUCCAAUGACAAUUCCAACAAUUCCUCCAACCAGCACUGA